AAAUUAACAUCAUGUAUGUUAUGUAGCUGUGAUUAAUGAGAGGGAUCAUGUUUUGCUUUGUUGUUCUCACCCUGUGACAUGGACUGGCCCAGCUUAUCUUGUGCGGUUUGAAGUUUUGAAAUUUAGCGGUAAACAGACAACAUGUCAGGACGUGCAAUCACCUUUGUCUUUAGUUUGCUGGCGGUUUUUUCAAACGCUCUAACAGCAGUGAUCCAAACACAGCAGACUGUGCUGGCAGCAGUGGGAGAAGAUGCUGAAUUGAGCUGUCAGCUCUUGGAGACUAAAGACGUCCUUCAGGUCACAUGGCAGAAAAUCUCACAUGAUGUGGAGACAAAUGUUGCCACCUACAGCAAGUACUUUGGUCAGAGAGUAAAUGCUGGUUUUAGAAAGAAGGUUGAGUUUAAAUAUACUGGACUACAGAACUGCUCCAUAGUCAUCAGGAAUGUGACGGAGCAGGAUGAAAGAUGCUAUCACUGUCUGUUUAACACUUAUCCUGAAGGCUCUCUGACAGGGAAACCCUGCCUUCAGGUCUAUGAGCUGCAUGAACCUGUUGUUGAUGUCAGAGAGUCAAACUCUGCUGAAGAGUGGGUUGUUUCCUGUUCAGCCACUGGUCGACCUGCUCCCACUGUAACACUCAGUGUCUCACAACAAGACCUCAACUUCUCACAGUACAACACUGUCAGUGUGUCCAACACCAACGCUACAUUCACUGUCACCACUACAGCUGUGCUCUCAGGUUCACGUAAACACAGCACACAGGUGGGAUGUGCAGCACGAGUGCUCUCUGCUCCUCUCAGAGAGGUGAUGGUGACGAUUCCUGAGGUCCAACAGACACCUGAUGCUACCGAGAACGAUUUCACCUGGAUCAUUGUAUUAGCUGUGGUGUUGGUGGUUGCAGUGUUACUGGUGAUCUUGCUGGUGGUUAAACGUGAUUGGAUCUCUGCUGUCAUCACUGCUCAUUUCAAACAACAAAACAAGACUGGUGACCCAGAGAAGACCAAAACACCACCAAAAUCAAAGCAAGACAUUGAAAAGAACAAAACACCUUUAAUAAAGCACGAGAACGAGCAGCUCAGGCAGCGGACGUCUACAAAGAAAACCCCAAAAAACAUCAACAGGAAAGCUUCACCUUCAACAGCAAAAAGACUGUUUGAAGAAGAUUAAUCAAUCAAAACUAAAAGUCAGAGAUGAACAAACUGCAUCACUGGCUGAUUAAAUAAAGAGGACUGUGUCAAAAACAAAGAUUCCUACCUGAUAUUUCUAGCCAACACUAAUAAGAGUUCAAUGAAGAGAGAUCAUUUGGAAGAAAUGAACAUGAUUUAUUGAAAUAGAGAAUUUGGUGAUUAGACUCUGAUGACCCGUCGCGUCAGGAAGAAGGCUUGGAUGGAGCUCUGACUGAGCUGUCUGUGAGGUGGAGAUAGGGAGGAAGUGGGCUGAAUGAAAAACAUGUAGAACUGAUAAAUAAUAGUUAUUUUUGCUUUAGAGAAAUUCAUUUUUUUAUAUCAUACUGUUAAAAUGUAAUUGGUUGUCAUGUUUUGAUAUUUUGUAACAUGGAUUGUAAUAGAGUAAAAUAAGCUGUGAAGUGUGUGAUGUUCUUUCUUCUUGUCUUGAAGUCAUUGAUGUCAUCAAUGAAGAUUAAAUAUGAACUCUGCAGAUUUGAGCAGGAGUGAGAUUCAGUCAGUCCCUGCUUAGAUGUGAUUCAUUUGUAACUCAGUGUGUGCUGCAGAUUUGCAUCUGUUGUCUAAGGAGCUUGGAAAGAAAAGGGUCUGGACUUUUUUAAGUUGCUUGAAGACAUUUCACCUCUCAUCUGAGAAGCUUCUUCAGUUUUAAGGUCAAAUGGUGGAGAGUCCCAGAU